GAGGCCGUUUUUCUUAAUUAGUUGUAUCCAGCGCGACUGUGCGAGCUAGCCGCCAUUAUUGGCUUCCCCAAGCCAGUGAAGCAUUUCCCUGUGUUUCUUUCUUCUUCUUCAUCCUUCUCUCACCUUAUCGGUCCCGACGGUUUCACAUCUCGCGGGCAGAUCAGUCUUCGAUUUGGCUUCCUCGAUUCUUCUAGAAUUUCAAAGGGUUUACGAAUUGUCAUACUGCGACUUUUCCCCUCACUCGCUUUCAUGGAAUUUCUGUAAUUCCAAAUAGAGCGAUUAGCUGAAGCCUACAGAGAAUAAUCGCCGCUGCUGAUUCCGAUCAGAAUAUUGAGAAUGGCGGAAUCGGUCCCAAUCUACCUGAGCAUUGUUGCCUUUAUCUGCACUGUUGGAGCUAUUGCUUUGGCGGUUUUGCAUAUCUACAGGCAUCUCAUGAACUACACCGAACCGACUUAUCAGAGAUACAUUGUUCGCAUCAUUUUUAUGGUCCCGGUAUACGCAUUAAUGUCUUUCUUAUCCCUCGUUAUACCUGCGGGCUCCAUCUACUUUAGUUCCAUCAGGGAAGUCUAUGAAGCUUGGGUCAUUUACAAUUUUCUGUCGCUGUGUUUAGCAUGGGUUGGUGGUCCAGGAUCUGUCGUAAUAAGUUUAACUGGUAGGGUUAUAAAGCCUUCUUGGGCUCUGAUGACGUGCUGCUUCCCUCCCAUACCCCUGGACGGGCGUUUUAUACGUAGGUGCAAGCAAGGUUGUUUGCAGUUUGUAUUUCUGAAACCUGCAUUAGCUGCUGUUACUCUGAUACUUUACGCAAAAGGGAAAUAUGCAGAUGGAAAUUUCAGUCCAAACCAGUCAUACCUGUAUCUCACUAUUAUCUAUACAGUCUCAUACUCGAUGGCUCUUUACGCAUUGGCAUUGUUCUAUGUGGCUUGUAGAGAUCUGCUUCAGCCUUUCAAUCCUGUUCCAAAGUUCAUCAUAAUCAAGUCUGUCGUUUUUCUUACUUAUUGGCAGGGUGUGUUGGUUUUCCUUGCUGCGAAGACUGGAUUAAUAAAGAAUGCAGAAGAUGCUGCUCAAUUUCAAAAUUUCAUAAUAUGUGUGGAGAUGCUACUUGCUGCUGUGGGUCAUCUAUAUGCAUUUCCUUACAAGGAGUAUGCUGGUGCUAAUAUUGGUGCCUCUGGAGAUCUCACGGGAAGCCUUGCUCAUGCUGUAAAAUUAAAUGAUUUUUACCAUGAUACUGUCCACCAGUUUGCCCCGACUUACCAUGAUUAUGUACUCUACAACUCUUCUGAGGGUGACGAGGGAAAGAGAAAGUAUCGAUCACGCACAUUUGUACCGACUGGUCCAGAGAUGGAUGCUGUCAGAAGGAACAAGAACAUCUUUGGCAACAAGCUAGAUGAGAUACAGCUUUCCAGUCUCUCAUCUUCUAGUACAAGCACUCCCAAUGAUUCUGGCCGGAUGCCUGUGCCUGUGCCACCUCCAAACUCAGAUGCAAUGAACUCUUCCCUGCUCCUUGAUACCUCAAAUUCCUCGUCAGUGCCAUAUGACAUGUCACUUAUCGACUUGGACUUGUCCAGUUAUCCCACAAAGGUUCUUCCAGCAAAUGAAGGCACUAGGUGACUAGAACACUGUGUUAGACAGGUUUGAAGUUCUCCCUAGGAAAGAAGUGUUAACGGUUUUCGGGGCCUUUGGGAAAGCCUCAUGUGCUUAAUCAUUUGGUGAUGCUGGUGUCGGUACCCUCUCUUCAAUUAAAUUCUUCGGUUAAAUCACUUCGUGCACUGUAGUCACAAAUAUUAGGCUUCCCGCUGAAAGCUGUUUUAAUGGCCUGUUAGUUCAGUGUGCAUUGUAGAUAUGGAAUUCUAAUUGUCAUACGUGUUAGAUCACAAUAGGAAACAUGAAAUUGAUACUAUUUCUUUUUUGACAUUGAAGAGUGCCCAUUGGAUUUCAUCAACUUGGUACUGAAGUAUUUUUUUAGUCGCGAUUUGUUCCUGUUUGUAAUCUACUUCUUUUUGUCAAGCAAUGGAAC